AUGGAAGUCGAUCAAAGCACCUCAGCCUGGCUGCUGAGCAGGGCACUCAACGCAAAGAACAUCAACGAGGCACGUGUGUGGCUCGAAUCCGCCAAAUUAGAAAGCCCAAAAUCCUUCAACAUGAUGAUAUCUGCUUACGAACUUGAGUGCAGGGCGCUUACGUCUCCAAAAGACACUGCUAAUGUGAUAUUAGGCCUCGUUAAGAAUGAAGAAUUCAUCAAUGAGCCCCGACUGUGGGACGAGGUUAGAAUACUGCUUGAAUCUGAUACAGAUUCCAACAGGACAGCCGUGAAUAUAUUUCGCAGCGAAGUAAUCACUGCUCUCGGGCCAACGAAUUUCCGCGAAUUGAUCAUCGAAUUCAUCAACAUCUACAAGCAAGAAAUUGAGCUGCACAUCGAGCUCCUUCUUAAGAUUCUAAAGAAGUAUCCAGAUUACAUCAAACCAGUUGGGCCAAAUGUUUGCGACAAGCUUUUCAUGGGCGAGAAGCACGACGCUGGAGAGGACCCAGAUUUGACGCCGCUAAAUAGGAAACGACACUUGGCUGUAAAUACUGUUUUCCCAGUGCUAUUUGAAUCCGGCAAGUUGGACGCUGUGCAGGCAAAGACUUUGUAUAAAUGGUUCCAAAAGAGUCUUGAAUAUACAGUUUGGUACGUCUCUACGACUAAGCGCCCCAGUGAUCUGCCAAUGAUUGAAGGAGAUGCAUGGGAGAAACUGCGAAAGAUCAGAUUGCAUAUUGGUAAACACGCAGGUUGGGAAGCCGAGCCCUCCCUUCCUUGUCAACCAGCGCAAGCUUUGUGGCAAAUGGUCAAAUGGCUGAAGUCGAUCUACCUCCCUUUCAACUACAACUCGCGCAGGCCCCCGCCGAAUUUAAACGCCAUUCGCAAGCAGACAUUUUACACUGCGGUUAACGUCUACCUCGAAGCAGCAGUGCGCUACAUGGCCAUUUCCGAACCUGCCUUGAUCAGGAAUCUAUCGGGCAAAAAAACCUACAGUCAAUUCCCUAUCUACGGCAUGAUUAUUGAUGCUGCGGAUAAACCAAAAGGAAAAUACUUUGACAAAAAUUUCGAGGACAUGUGCGAGCGUCAGCAAUUCUUUACCGCUUCGAUCGCCGCCAAGAAGAUUUUGACCGACGACGAUAUUUUCGCCGAAGAUUUGCAAAAGCUGCAACGGGCGCUGAAAUUCAACAAAUGGCACUGGCUCGAAGCGUUUCACAUUGAUUGCUCGUUCAAAGACGGGGAUUUCGACCAUGCGAUUUUUCGGCUCUCGCAUUUGAUAAAGGCUGAAAAUUGGCAAUCUCCGCUGUUAUACAGAUGGCGAGUUCAACUAGGCUCCUGUUAUUAUGAGCUGAAGAAGAUCAGGACGUCUGUAACAUAUCUUUACGAUGCGAUGAUGCAAGAGCAAGAAGACGCCUUCGACACGGAAAUCGACGGGGAAUACAUUCUCUCAAAUCAAAUGGGAGAAAUCGAAUGGGUUCGAGGAGUACACUGCGACGUCCUCAUCAUAGCAAUUCAUGCGAUUCUUAAUGCUACUGCAGUGCUACUCGACCGAGCAAACGCCGCUAAUGCACCACACCCGAGACAAAUGCAAAUCGUCGGAUGGAUGCUAGUACUGAGCCAGUACGAGUGGCCCCGCUUCUUCGAGACGACAAAGUACGCUAUCGAGAAAAUCAAGAGCGAAGGAAGCUUUACGUAUCCAAACAUGCUCGAUUUCAUUUACGAAGGAGGAGUCAUCGAGGAACUCGCCUGGCUGCUCAAUCAGGAUGUGCCGCUGAAUAUAUCGAACGCAAAUGAGCCCAGGGAGCUACGCGAGCAGCUUAUCAAGGCGCACAAGCCAAAAAGCCCGCUGCACAACGAAAAUGACAAGAUUGACGCUGAAAAACUAGAACACGACAUUGAAGAUAUCGAGCAUGGCAUCGAAGAUCUCAAGAAUGAUGGCAAGAAAGACGAGUUUGCUGAAAUUGAAGACAGCAUAAGGCAUGAUCUGGAAGGCGGAAAGGAUCAAGACUACGGCGACAUGGAAGGCAUUUCGGAUAAUGCUGAAGAUGGAGAUGAAAGUGAAGGCGACGAGAGUAAGGCGCACGCUGACCCGACAGGAGAUACCAAGAUCAACAAAGAAAUCGAAGAAGGCAUCGAAAAUGUUGAAUUCGAGCAAGACGAGUUGCAAGGUCCACCGACUGAAAAGUCAGUCCAAGAUGACGAUGAUGAGGAUGAUGAAAUGGAGGAGGACGAAGACGAGGAAGACGACGGCAAAGUAGAUUGGUGGGAUUUCGACGAUGCGGCAUACCUAGCUGCCGGCGCUCUAGGUCCAGACGACGAUCCUUACGAGGCGAACAAGUUCAACCAGGCUGCGUCUGAUCGAAUAAAAAGCGAUCGGGCGGUUCCAGACACUCGCCACAAAGAAUGCAGCAAGCAAAAGUUCCCAGUCAAUGAUCUGCCCGAUACUACUGUCAUCAUCACAUAUCACAACGAAGCUCACUCAACCCUCUUGCGAACGGUGAUCUCGGUUCUUCACAGAUCGCCUGCUCAUCUGAUCAAGGAAAUUAUCCUCGUAGACGAUUUCUCCAAAAACCCGAACAUUGGACCUCCAUUGACGAAGAUCAAAAAAGUCAAAGCGAUUCGGAAUCCAAAGCGAGAAGGGCUUAUCCGAUCACGAGUUCGUGGAGCCGCUAUCGCAACUGGCAAAGUUCUGACUUUCUUGGACUCGCACGUGGAAGCAAAUGAAGGCUGGUUGGAACCCCUUUUGGGAAGAAUUCACGAAUCCAGAACGGCUGUCGUUUCCCCGAUCAUUGAUGUCAUCGGAAUGGACGAUUUCCACUACGUCGGAGCUUCUGCUGACUUGAAAGGAGGUUUCAAUUGGGAUCUUGUUUUCAAGUGGGACUACAUGAGCGAGCAAGAACGACGCGAGCGACGAAAAGCACCGACCAGUCCCAUUCGAACUCCGAUGAUUGCUGGCGGUCUAUUCAGCAUCGAGAAAAAUUGGUUCCAUGAGCUGGGCGAGUAUGACAUGGACAUGGACGUUUGGGGCGGCGAGAAUCUUGAAAUUUCAUUCCGCGUUUGGCAAUGCCACGGCACACUAGAAAUCAUUCCUUGCUCCCGAGUCGGCCAUGUUUUCAGGAAAAAGCAUCCAUACACAUUCCCUGGAGGAUCCGGCAAUGUGUUUGCCAAGAAUACAAGACGCGCGGCUGAAGUCUGGAUGGACGAGUACAAAGAAUUCUACUUUGCCGCGGUUCCAAGCGCAAAGAUGGUCAAGUUUGGCGACAUUUCGAAAAGAACGGAGAUCCGAGAAAAGCUUCAAUGCAAAUCGUUUUCGUGGUUCCUGGAGAACGUCUACCCGGAGCUGCGAAUUCCAAAUAAGGACGCAAUCGGGUGGGGUGCUGUCAGCCAGAAAAACAAGGGGCUCGAGGAGUGCAUAGAUGUUCAAUCCGGCCAAAAAGACACGCUUGGAAAUACACAUGGCGGCGGCACAAUUGGAAUGUACAGGUGCCACGGCGACGGGGGCAAUCAAGAGUUUACGUUGACCAAAGAGGGCAAGGAGUUUAGACACAUGGAUCUAUGCAUUGGCUACAAUGCCAAAGAGCCCGUCGGGAACCCUGUCAAAUUUAACACGUGUCACCAAAUGAGCCACCAGCGCUGGGAAUACUUCGGAAGCCAAAUAAAGCCCGAGGGACACACCAAUCUGUGCCUGGACUCGAAGAACCACUUGGAGAAGGGGCUCACGCUCGAGGUGUGCAACCACUCAAGGACGCAGGUUUUCUCGUUUGAAAUGAGAAACAUCAAGUAG